AUGUGGCCAUUCUAUUCUUCGAACGAUGGUAUCAUCGUCUCUAAGCGCGCAAAACGUGCUGCUGAUGUGGACACUGCUAACGCUUACGUGCCAGCACAACAUUCGUUAUACCUGCGUGCCACUGCUAGUGAGAUCGUCCGUCACAUCGAGAAGGGCGAGUGGACAUCUUCAGACGUAUUGGAAGCAUACAUUGCCCGAGCGGCACAGGCGCAUGAGAAGACUAACUGUUUGACCGAAGUGUUGUUCGAGCAGGCGCGUCUGGAAGCCAAGCACCUCGACGAGUCAUUUGCCGAAACCAGAAAGCUUGUCGGUCCCUUACACGGCGUACCUAUGAGCGUCAAGGACUACUUCGAUGUCGCGGGCGUUGACAGUACGCUUGGCCUCACCAAAUGGGCCAACAGACCAGCCUCACGCGAUUCAGCUAUCGUCCAGCAGCUUCGUACCGCAGGCGCUAUUAUCAUAGCAAAGACGAUCGUCUCGCAGCACAUGCUCACUUUCGAAUGCAAUCCCGCCCUUUGGGGUCGUGCCACAAAUCCCUGGAGUAGUCUGCAUACAUGUGGGGGGUCAUCUGGCGGCGAAGCUGCUCUUCUCGCCCUAGAUGGCGCGGCAGUCGGUAUAGGGUCCGAUCUAGCUGGAAGUUUGCGUAUCCCCGCUUCCUUUUGUGGAAUAUACUCCUUGAAACCUGGUUUUGGGAGGAUAGCACUAGAAGGCAGCAAAGGACCUCCAUCUGGUUUCGAGGCAGUCGGGAAUGUGGCCGGACCCAUGGGCCGCUCGGUCGCGGAUAUUGAACUAGUGUCAAGACUGACAUUUGGAGUGGAAGACGGUGACUACUUCCCAGUACCGCUGCCUUACCGCGACGUCGACAUCCCGAAGAAACUGAAGUUCGGUUACUUUCUCUCGGAUAACUUCGUGAAGGCUUCGCCUGUUUGCCGACGGGCUGUCUUGGAGACUGUGGAUGCUCUGAGACGAGAAGGACACGAGUGCAUUGAGUUUGAACUCCCACAGCCCGCCUCUCGUCCUCUCGAAAUAUUUUCCGGCCUUGCUUCAUCUGACGGUUAUCGAGAAAUAUAUAAAAAUCUCGGUCAAGACAAACUGGUUCUAGUUACUUGGGUGGUCAGGAAUAUCAUCGGCGACGUCAUAUUCGCCCGCGUCAUGGUACAUUCUAGGAAAAAGACAACCAGUGAACACUGGCAGUAUACUGCUGAGAAAAACGAGUUCGCUCGGGAGUGGAACAAGGAGGUCUGGAUGAACCACGGCUUUGACGGGAUUAUCACGCCUAUCCUUCCUGUUCCUGCGCUUCCUCACGGCGGUGCGGAGUACGUUGCUGCCAUAGCGAACGCUACUGUCACGUACAACGUUGUCGACAGUCCCGUUGGCUGCAUCCCCGUCACUCGUCUUGAUCCGUCUCUUGAUCAGCUCACAGACGAGUGGUUUGAUGGUCCCGGCCAUGGCUCUCAGCUUUUGGAACGUAUGGUCUAUGGGACGAAGAAGAACAAGUAUGCUCUUUAUGAUGUGGAGGCAAUGAAGGGCUUGCCUGUUGGCGUGCAGCUUGUGGGGAGGAAGUGGCAGGAGGAGAAGGUAGUCGAGAUGAUGAAGGUCAUGGACCAGGCGCUGGGAAAGAGAGGGUUUGGCGCGGGAAGUUCGUUAAAGACUGAGUAG